AUGUCAGAAUAAUAGAAAUACAUUGGAAGCAUCUUAACAAGAACUAAGGCCUUGAUCACCACAAAUUACCAAAAACUCCCAUUGAAAGCACCUAAAUUUGUAGAGAAUAUCGUUGUCUAUGCAGACUCAGUAAGUCAACCCUUCAUUUAAAAAGUGACAGACACAGUGGAUGACAACAUAAAUAGAAGUGUCUAGAUAGUUCAAUCGUAUGAGAAGACUUUCAACAUAGCAGAACAAGGACAGAAACUCAAAUAGAAAGGAAAGGAACUUACUGAUUAAUUAAGAGAGAACUCAAAGAAGGCUUUGGAUCAAGGAGUCGAUUUGGCCAAGAACAAUGGCGCGACUUAGUUCGUGCUUAACACUUGUGACAAUGUAGCUAAUAGAGUCUUUAAUUCAAUUGAAGGCAAUGUGGUCAGAAUGUAAAAGGCUAUUUUGAAGGAGUCUAAGGCCACAAAUUCAGAGUAAACUUACAAUCAAAGGGCUGUUCAAUUGGCUUAUAACCUUACAGAAUUGACUCAAGGACUCUUCACAUUGUUGAAGAAUGAGAUUCACACCGCUGGAGGAUAAAAGGUUCAACAAUUGAAGAUCUUUGUUACUCUCAACUUUAAAUAACAUUUGAAUGCCACCCUAUUCACAUAUAAAGUAAUCGUCGUAUAACCCAUUUCCAGUCUUUAUACAACCUCCAUGAAGGUAUUAAAGUCGUAACUUAAUACUCUAAGGGAGAAAUACAACAACCAAGAUUUAUUGCAAUACAUAAUAGAAUAAUUAACACAACUCAAAGAGAUGAUCGAAACUUUAAAGUAUGAAGAAUUCUAAACUCUUUUAUUUACAGCUUUGAAGUAGUUGAAUCUCUUUACAAUACUAAAGUCUUAAUACUAAAAAACAAUUUAAGCAUAUAAACAUAGUUUAGAUGAACAAAGAUAAGUAGUAGUAGAAGAGGAGGAGAAAGAACCAGAGUAAGAAACUCAAGAAACAUAAAUCAAAGAAUGAAACUAUAUUGAGUAUUGUGUUUAAUAUUUUAUGUUUAUAAAACAACAUCUAA